CGAGGCUCGCGGAAUACGGAAGUGGCCUUACCUUACGGCGAGGUGAGGGCGUGGCCACCUACCACCUCCUUCACCAAGUCAGUGAGGCCUGGACUCUCCGGGAGGAAUAACACCCUCUGUCAAGCUUUAGUCCCUGGAGGAGUUUAAUCAGAAUCAGGAUGUUGUGGAUAUGAUGGUGACAACCCAACCUUGAGAAAUGUAUGAGGUGAUGUCCGGUGACACCCUGUCCUGGAAGGUGGCCAGUCCAAGACAAAGUGGCGGCGAGUCCAGCCCCGAGUCGCACUUCACUGGGGACGGCGGGCCCAUCAAGAUCCUCAAAGUUUGCUUCUGCACCAACAACAACCUGGGCAAGAACUUCAAGCUGGUCAAAUGUGACAGCUCCUGGCAAAUUAGGGCCAUCAUUCGUUCGAUCCUUGUGAGCGGUCGACUGGGGCCGAACAUCAGACACACAGCAUGCUACGGUCUCCUGCUGAAACACCUGAAGUCGGAAGAGCUUCACUGGCUGCAUCCGGAUCUGACCGUUGGAGAGGUGGAGCAGCGCUACGAGAGCAAUCAUGUGGAAGCCGAGUGGAGGUACGACCUUCGUAUCAGAUACAUCCCUGUUAAUUUCACGGAAAAAUUCCAAGAUGACCGGUCUACGUUUGUUUAUUUUUACCAGCAGGUGCGUAGUGAUUACAUGCAGUAUCAUGCCAGUAAAGUCAGCGAUGGGAUGGCACUGCAGCUCGGUUGUUUGGAGAUCAGGAGGUUCUACAAAGACAUGAACGCAAAAGGUCUAGAAAAGAAGUCAAACUUUGAGCUGCUAGAAAAAGAAGUGGGCCUGGACCUUUUCUUUCCUCAGCAACUGAUAAACAGCAUGAAGUCAAAGCAGCUACGGAAGCUGAUCCAGCAAACGUUUCAGCAGUUCGCCACACUCAAGGAGGACGACUGCAUGGUCAAGUUCUUUGACACCCUCAAAGAAUUUGUCAGCUAUGAUGAAGAGGUCUUCCCGUGUGAACUAGUGCAAGGUUGGAGUCUGUCAGUGGAGCUGGUCGUCGGAGGGAGAGGCAUUCGCCAACGCACACAGAAGGAUUCAGCGGCCGUGUUCCUUGCCGACUUCAAACAGAUCAAGAGGGUGCAAUGCUUAUCUCAGAGCGACGGCAAGGCUCUGCUAAACCUCGACAUCGAGGGGGCCAGACAGCGUCUAUCGAUCAACGUGGCCACGGUCCCUAUGGCGGAGAACAUGAUCGACCUUAUUGAUGGGUACUGCCGCUUGGAAAAUGACACAGAUGAUACCGUUAUCUCCCGGCCAAAUAAAGAUGCAAAUACACGGAGUGCUCUGCCUGAGAUUCCUACAAGCAGAGACAACAGCUCGCUCAGACACAGUAUGGGCUCCGAUAUCUACUGUGAGAUCCUCGAUGAAAGGCCAAGAUCAGUGGUGAAGUAUGGGAUUGACCGAAAUGAGAUCGUUCUUGGACGAAUUCUUGGUGAGGGUUUCUUCGGGGAAGUCUACGAUGGAGUUUACAAAAAAAGUAAUGGAGAAAGGAUCAACGUGGCAGUGAAAACCUGCAAAGACUGUUCGCCUGAUGUGAUGGAGAAGUUCAUGAGUGAAGCAGUGAUAAUGAAGAACCUCGAACACCCUCACAUCGUCAAGCUGAUCGGAAUCAUCGAGGAGGACCCUGUGUGGAUUGUCAUGGAGCUUUAUCAGUGCGGAGAGCUCGGAAACUACCUGACUCAGCACAAGAACACGCUGACGAAUAUGACUCUGGUGCUGUUCAGCCUGCAGAUCUGCAAAGCCCUGGUUUACCUCGAAGGGGUCAACGUGGUUCACAGAGACAUCGCAGUGAGGAACGUGCUAGUUGCCAGUCCAGUGUGUGUGAAGCUCGGGGACUUUGGUCUGUCGAGGUACAUCGAGGACGAAGAAUACUACAAAGCGUCUGUCACUCGGUUGCCCAUCAAGUGGAUGGCCCCAGAAUCCAUCAACUUCAGACGUUUCACCACAGCCAGUGAUGUCUGGAUGUUUGCCGUAUGUCUGUGGGAGAUAAUGAGCCAAGGGCAGCAGCCAUUCUUCUGGCUGGAGAACAGAGACGUAAUCAACCAGUUGGAGCAGGGCAUCCGGCUGCCCAAACCAGAGAACUGCCCCCCUGCCCUCUACUCACUCAUGACCCGGUGCUGGUCCUACGACCCCAGAGAGAGACCCAAUUUCACUGAGCUGGUGGUCAAGAUCAGCGAUGUCCACAAGAUGGAGAAGGAGGAGGAGGUGGAGCGAGAGAGGGACCGAGCGCGCUCCACAAAAUACUUUGAUCCCAAGUUCAACUUGAACGAGCCUCCUCCCAAGCCUACAAGAAUGAAACCAGGGCGGUUUGGGAACAUGCUCAGUAUUGGUCUACACAUUCAGCUGAAUGAGGCUUUGUGUGCCAGCUCACCUGAUCUGGCCAGCCCAUGUGAAUAUCAGUCACCUGUCGACUCCAUGAGCACCUUGACACUGCCAGUCAGGUCCCCUCGACGUCGCAGCAUGGGGGAGAACGAGUUUCCCAGAUUGGAACCAAACAGCAGGGAGGACGCCCAGCGCCUGUGGCAGAGGGAGAAACAGAAAAGGCAGGACACUAUUCGCCAGCAGAAAGCGGAGAUGAUGGAGGAUAAUGUGUGGCUGCAGAAGGAAGAGAAACUCCUGGACCCCAUGGGACCGGAAGAUGCUGCCAGACCAGUGUCUCCUGAAGACGGCACACUGAAUGCACCGCCAGAGAAGCCCCCUCGGAACACAGCGCAGCCUGCGCCCACAGCGGAAUUGGACCGCUCUGGUGACAAAGUGUAUAAGUCUGUCAUGGACGUGGUCAAAGUAGUUGUUCAACUCAAGAAUGACGUCAUUGAACUGCAGCCAGAUGAUUAUAUCACCAUUGUCAAGUCUAUAGGGAUGGCUUUACGUGAUCUGAUUCGCAGUGUGGAUGACAUACUGCCCACCUUACAUGAGUCUGUCAGGACUGAGAUCGAGGGCACGCAGAAGCUGCUGAACAACGACAUGGCGGAGGUGAUCAGUAAGAUGCGGCUGGCCCAGCAGAACGCCAUCACCUCUUUGAAGGAGGAGUGUAAGAAACAGUUGCUGGCUGCGGCACACACUCUGGCAAUGGACAGCAAGAACAUGUUGGACGCUGUGGACCAAUCAAGAGUCAGGGCCAACUUGGCCAAGCCCGUGGCCCCAUAGUGGACUGUAAACUUUCUGGUUUUUGGCGUACGCAUUAACCUUAAGUCUGACGGUCAGAAAUAACGUUUGCACAGAGCCAAACAUUUCUGCUUGUGUUGACAUCACUUAAAUCAAGCCUGCAGCAGCCACUAGUUCUUUGGACAGUCUUCAUCUUGUAAAUGUGUAUUGUUAAAUUUAAGUAUGUAAUGGUAUGACUGGAGUGUGUGUAUACUGAAAUGGGGGAUUUAUAGGAUUGUCUAGAAAUAUCAGGGAUCGUAUUUAAGAUCCGGUCAGUUCUGAUAAACUUUUUAUUUCAACUGUUAUCAUUUGUGACUGGUGAGUUAUUGGUUUUAUUGUCUGCUCAGUAAUUGAAAUAUCCCUGUAAAUACAAAACAUGUCUUCUGAAAAACAAAGUAGAUUUUAUUGUAGAGGGAAAAAAAUGAAAUGCAAGUGAAAUGGUUCAGUCUUUCAAAACUGAUGAUGAAACGAAAAGCCAAAUUGUUUUAUACAUCUGUUUGUUUUUAAGCGUCACUGAUGCAUUAUUUUUAAAAUUAUGAUCAUUAUAUAGAUACAUAAAUUAUGAUGAAGACUUACAAUGGUAUGGAUGAUGAAUUUGUCCGAUGUUUCAGACACUGUUGAACUUGAAAGUCUUUGUAUCAUGUCCAUUAUCAUAAAAUAUGAAAUUCUAGCACAUAAUUCAAGUGAUAUAGAAAUAAACAUUAUUGUUUAUA